AUGUUGCAUCAGAUAGUCUGGCUGGCCACUGUUACCAUUUUGGGAGUGUUGGAACAAGCCUAUUUUGCCAUGCAGGUGAUCUAUGUUCGGCGCAAGUGCAAAGUGCCUCCUCCUGGUGUAGCAGGUCCACCAGAAUUUGAAAGAAUCUUCAGAGCCCAAGUGAAUUGCUCAGAAUACUUCCCAAUAUUUCUUUCUCUGUUGUGGGUGGCUGGAGUCUUUUUCCAUCAAGUAUCAGCUGCGUUAUGUGGGUUAAUUUACCUGUAUGCUCGGUAUCAGUACUUUAAUGGAUAUGCUUGCGCUGCACAAGGAAGGCUGGGUCCCAUGUACUUCAGCAGCGGUGUUCUUUGUGUUCUUAUUGGAUUAUCUGUAGUGGGGCUCUUCAUCCACUUUAUGCCACUCACAUUUUUGAUUCCUUGAAGACAGUUUGUAA